AUGUUAUGGGUCAGUGCUUCCCAACAUUUUUCGAUUCGUGGCUUCCUAUUUGAACUACGGUUUUCUCCGGGCGCCCUCGCAGUUUAUCGCAAUCAAAAAGCUAUUCUGAGUAAUGUUUGUCCCGCUGUACAACCAAUAAGGUAAAUAAAACCGACCCGCCAACAAUUGUUGUUAUCUCUUUUUUAAUUGUACAGAAAAAAAAUGUCGGGAAUUUAGAAUUGUUUUUUUUUUUUUUAAUCAAGUACUAUACUGAACAUCCACAGACGUAUUUCGACGUAAUGCGCGACAGAUUUGCAGCAUUUUUACUAACCGAACAAAAUGUCUUUUGAGAAGAAUCCCCAACAAAAGGACGCCGCGUCCCGCCGGCCCCACCGUUUCGCUGUUUUCGCUUUGGAUUUCAAAUUUAUUUUUUAGACAAGUGAAUAUUCAAAACGGUGACGCGGCGCCCCUGUGCAGACACCGAGACACUCCAGUGCGCCGCGGCGCACACUUCGCGAACCGCUGUCAUAGGUAAUACAUUAAUGAAUAAGACAUAUUGAAGAAAUAUAGAGUGGUUCGUGACAUAUUUCGCGUUCAUACGUUUCUUUUAUUUAUUUACGUCAUCGCUCCUUUUAUAAAAUUGCAAAAUCAAUGGCACAAUAUCGAUAGUCCACUAGACAGUUACAUUAAUUACAGUGUCUUAGACGCACAUAUAAUUCACUGGCUAUUAAACGAAACGCAAAUCGCGCACAAACAUUAUUUCGGUCUUGUUACCGAAUCCGUACAUUGCAUACCGCGCGUCAAUGCGCGGACAAAAACAAAUUAUAAAUAUUGUGUGGGUCGAUUCGUUGCUAAAAAAAAAAAAAAAAAAAAAAAAAUACGUCCGGACGUGUUUCGGUGUUGUCGCACCGGACAGUGUGAACGGUAUGAUCGCUUAAAGCAGCGGUUCCCGACCCAUGGGCCGCGAGCCAUAGGUGUAAUAUUAAAUAUUAUAUAUAUUUAAAAUAAUAUUAUUAUAUAUUUUUUGUUAUAUUUCUAAUCAUAAUAAUAUUUAAUCAAUUUUAACUAUAGUGUACAGUAAGUGUACAAUUAACGAUACGAUAUCGAAUGUUUGAAUGUAGUUUUAUCUUGUACAGUUCGUUGAUUAUUAAUAGGUUCUUGUUAUCUGUCAUUAGUCUGUCAUCUGUUUUUAGAAACUACUUCCCUAAAAUUGAAGAGGAAUUCCAAUGGAUCGGAAAUCCCUUCGAAGAAGAUUACUUGAAAAAAUUGAAAAUAUCAGCGAGUGAAGAAGAUUCGUUGAUUGAAAUGUCACGUGAUCAGACUUUAAAAUCGUAUUUUAAAAGUACACAAUUAGUGCCAUUCUGGUUAAACGUCCGGCAAGACUAUCCAGCAAUCGCUAAAAUUGCACUGAGAAACUUGAUGGGCUUUUCGACAACUUAUUUAUGUGAACGUGCUUUUUCGACUUUAAUUUAUUUAAAAAAUAAAUAUAGGAAUAAACCGAAUGUUGAGAGCGAUUUAAGACUAAAACUGACAAGUUUUAAUCCAGAUAUUGACUUUCUCGUGAAGAACAAGCAAUGUCAAAGAUCACAUUAA